UAUGGUCAAGUGAGCAUGGCAACCUUUGACGUACUGGCUUCUAAAAACAGCGUUGACCCCCACUGCUUGACCAUGCUGCAGUGCCAGCUGGGAAGGAAAGCUCAUAGGAGUCAUUUGGAUAAGUCGACAUUGUUUCGAGGGGGGACACAAACAACCUCUUUGCUGAGUCAUAUCUUUUGGGGGCUCAGUCUUUCCCCUCAAAGCGCACACACCCCACCCAGGGCGUUGUGCCGUGUGAUGAACGUCUCAGUGGAGUACUUAUAUAUCAAGAAGCCGAGAACCAUGGACAGCCUGGAGAAGCAACUGAUCUGCCCCAUUUGCUUGGAAAUGUUCACCAAGCCGGUGGUGAUCUUGCCCUGCCAGCAUAAUCUCUGCCGGAAGUGUGCGAGUGACAUCUUCCAGGCCUCAAACCCAUACCUGCCAACCAGGGGGGGAACCACAGUAGCAUCAGGGGGGCGGUUCCGGUGCCCAUCCUGUAGGCAUGAGGUGGUUCUGGACCGACACGGCGUGUAUGGGCUACAGCGUAAUCUGUUGGUGGAGAACAUCAUUGAUAUGUACAAGCAAGAGAGCAGCAGCGGAGGCACCAAGCCCAGUCCGGAGAGGAAGAGUGAGCAGCCCCUGUGCGAGGAGCACGGAGAGGAGAGGAUUAACAUCUACUGUGUGACCUGUGCCGUGCCCACCUGCUCUCUGUGCAAGGUGUUCGGCUCUCACAAGGACUGUCAGGUGGCACCGCUCAACAGCGUCUACCAGGCACAGAAAUCGGAGCUUUCAGACAGCAUUGCUAUGCUCGUGGGUAACAAUGACCGGAUGCAGGGCAUCAUCAGUCAGCUGGAAGAGAUGUGCAAGACUAUUGAAGAAAACGGCCGGAGGCAGAAGUCGCAAGUGUGCGAGAAGUUCGACAACCUGUACUCCGUCCUGGAGGAGCGAAAGACCGAGAUGACCCUGAAGAUCAACGGCGAGCAAGAAGAGAAGCUGGACUACAUCCACAGCCUGCAGAGAAAAUAUGGGGAUCAUCUGGAGAUGAUGUCCAAGAUUGUGGAGACUGGUAUCCAAACCAUGGAUGAGCCCGAGAUGGCUCUGUUUCUGCAGAAUGCAAAGCCUCUUCUACAGAAGAUCACAGAAGCCUCCAACAUUUCCCACUUGGAUAAGGUGGAGCGGGGUUACGAGAAUAUGGAUCACUUCACCACCAGCUUUCAGCGAGAGGCCAGGGCUAUCCGUAACGUAGACUUUGUCAAAGAUGAGGAGGAUGAGGAAGAAGAUGACGAAGAGGAGGAGGGAGCAGAAGAGGGCGGAGAGGAGAGCGAGACGGCAGCAGCAGGUCAUGCGGGCGCGUCGCAGGCGGGGGCAGCCGUCGGGGGUGGUGCACAGCCAAAGCAGCUGCAGCAGAAAACGGCUCCACACGCGCCAGUCGGGGCACCCCAGGGAGCACCCACAACCCCGCCUACAGCCACGCCCAUGGCCACACCCACAACCCCGCCUACAGCCACGCCCCUGGCCACACCCACAACAUCCCCUGCCGCCACACCCUCGGCCCCAGGUCAGCUGCCUGAAACCCCGGCGCAGGCGUCUUCUGAUUCUGCUACCGGAGCAGCCGGGCAGAGCAGCGCUCAAAACCCAGAUGACAAAGGUGGAGAUGGACCCCGCCAUGUCUUCUCUUUCUCCUGGCUAAACUCCCUCCAAUAAUGCUUCUCUUCCUGCGACUAGUUUAAUUUAGUGUAACUGAGGGCUGAGCUCAAACGCAGCUCUGCAGUGGGCAAUAAGGCCAGUCACGCGGACACUGUCACCGUAGCCUAAGUUUUACGCGUUUUGCUCUGGAUGCAACAACUGUGUGAACAAGUAGGAAACACGGUGCAGACGGAGCACGCAAAACUACACAACAAUAAAGUUAAUCUCAGCACCUU